CCUCGGUUCCUUCUGGCAUCCCCUCACGUCGCCAACCGCCGUACGCAGUAUUCCGUCCAAACCGACAUCUUGUCUCCUUCUCCUCACCAAGCUACCUAAGCCGGCCUCUACGCGGCAGCCGAGCUACAAAUACUCCAGUCCGCGACGUGCCCACGACGUUGGGUUGCCUUUUUGAAUGCCAUUUCACUCGUACAAGUCACCACAGGAAUCAAGGUAGGCUAGUUGAAGCUCCUCACUGAACCGAUCCGGACUGAAUUAUCCUUUAUCCUGUACUAAGUACGAGUAUCUAAAGUAUUUUGAACGAGAUCACGAGCAAAAUCACGAGCAUAAUCACGAGCAACAGCAACAGCAAAUACAAAAACAAGAAUAAGAACAAGAACAAUGUCCGGCCCUCCAGUCCCCUUCACCUCACUCCCGCUAUCCAAAGACAACGCGGCGACCCGUCUCAACGCGUGGGGCGCACACGGGACCUCCGACGAACUCGGCUUCCUGAACCGACAAACGCCGUCGACCGUGGCGGCGGCGGCGGCGUCCGAGAUCAAAACGGGCGUGCGCAUCCCUCUCGACGCGCCGCUCGACUUCCAGGCGGGCAAACCGCUGUUCGGCCGGCAGGUGUUCCAGAAGGACGUGUACCAGAAGAAGCCGCGGGUCGUGCACGACGACACGUGGACGUUCAACACGCAGUCCUCCACGCAGUGGGACGGGCUGCGGCACUUUGGCUACCAAAAGGCCGCGCGCUUCUACAACGACACCACCGUCGAGGACAUCGCCGGCACAAGCGACAAGGGCAAAACGAACCCGAAUGUCCUGGGCAUCCAGGGCGCCGUGGAGCGCGGCGGGGUCAUGGGCAGAGGCGUGCUCGUCGAUUUCCGGCGGUGGAUGGACGAAGGGCCCGGCAAAGAAGUGGUCGGCGGGACUUUUAAGAGCUUCGAGACCAGCGCCAUCAAGUUCGAGUGGUUGCUCGAGACGUUGAAGUGGCAGAACGGCACCACGCCGCGGUUCGGCGAUAUUCUGAUUGUGAGGUCGGGUUUCUUCAAGAGUUACUUUGAAAUGCUCAAGACCGACGAAGGCGAGUUGGACCGCUUGACCAAUAUGUCUCCGCCGGGCCUGGGCGGCGUCGAGCAGUCCGAUCAAGUGUUGCAGUGGAUCUGGGACAAUUUCAGCGCCGUCGCCAGUGAUCAUCCCAGCUUUGAGAGGUGGCCCACGCCCUACGACUGGAGCAUGCACGAGGUCUUGCUGGCCGGGUGGGGGUGUAAUAUUGGCGAGCUGCUGGAUCUGGAAAAAUUGAGCGAAGAGUGUAAACGGCAGAAUCGUUGGACAUUUUUCGUCGCCAGUGUGCCGUGUUAUGUGCCAGGUGGAGUGGCGAGUCCGGUGAACGGCGUUGCUAUCUUUUAGGCCUGGUCAGCGCACAUACUGUCGAUGAGUGUUCCCGGCAACUGUCCGGCAUGCGACGAGGAUGUUGAGGGGGUCAAGGCACGAAAAGGGAGUUAUCACCUGAGGUGUGGAAAUGGCCUGCGUGGCCGGCUGAGCAUGUGAGUGGGUCAGUGACGGACUGUCUCGCGGCACCAUUGAAGAUGCAAAUGUGAGAACCUCCUACAAACAUGCAAGCUUACAAUCAUGUCAUCAUUCGUGAAAACACGCCGUUUCCAUGUCGUGGACAGUAAUGUACACAUUAUCUCCCAUGGCGAGAGGGCGAAAUAUCCUUGCCUUCUCGUAAUACCAAAUAUGUUAUGCAGAU